AUGUUUUUAAAAUUGACUGUGUUGACCGUACUGGCUACUGUAGCUACAGCCCAACUCUUUAAUUAUGGUCAAGGUAUUGGUGGAAUGGCUGGUCCAAACGCCGGACUAGGAGCUGGUGCAAUUAAUCCCAAUGUUGGUAUGGGUAUCAAUGGUUAUAAUUCUGGUCUGAAUACUGGACUAAAUGGUGGACUCGACCGUGGACUGAAUGGUGGAACCACUAGACUAAAUGGCGGUCUUGACCGUCGACUGGGUGGCGGACUAAACGCUGGCUUAGAACGCGGACUUGGCGGAGGACUAAAUAGUGGACUAGAGCGUGGAUUAGGUGGACUAGAAGGCAGAAACGCUGGAUUCGGAAACCAAUUCCCAGAAGAUCGCCGUCAUGGAUCUCGUGGAGAUCGUUAUGGCUACGAGCGGCGUCCAGAAGGCUUCGAACAUCACGGUCGGUUCGAGGAACGUGGUCGUUAUGAAGGUAGACCAGACCGUUUCGAUGGCAGGCCAGAUGGUUUUGGCUAUGGCAAUGGAAGAGUCGGCUUCGAACAACAAGUUUAUGGAAAUGGAAUGAGUGGAUUCCAGAGACCUGGCUUCGGUCUUGGACGUUAA